UGACGUUACGCUACUCAUUGUCUACGAUUGCGUGGGACCACUGUCACUUUCGGCGCGACUAAACAAAUAAAACGUAAAAGAUGACGCGUUUCGUGAUCGUGCUACUCGGUUUGACGAGCCUGGUCUCGGCCAAACCCGCUUUCCUGUCCGUACCCUUGACGUACGCGACACCCUUGGCACCCGGGACGCAAGUCGGUACCAACGGCAGAGUGUUGGACAGCCCCGAAGUCGAUGAGAGAACAGGGGUGGCGAACGAGGCUGCGAGAUCGGCCGCUGAAUCUCAGCUGCUGCGAGGAAGACAAUCGUCUUCGCUGGUUCGCGACGGUGUACCGUCGAUCCUAACGUCUUCCGCGCCUCUCGGCGCCGACGGCAGGGUCGUGGACACGCCGGAAGUCGCGGCCGCGAAGGCGGCUCACGCGGCCGCGCACGUCAACGAGAGAAUCAACCUGGCGCACGAGGUGGCGAGAUCCGGCGGUGAUGCAUCGGAUUCGUCUGACGUCGCCGACAGCGAUCUCGACGGCAGAGUCCUGGACGCGCCGGAAGUCGUGGCCGCGCGCGGCAGCGGGAAGAUCGACCUGGUGAACGGAGCUGCGAGACCUGGCGACGCUGUCGCGCGCACCGUGAACGGUCGGCUGGUGCCGUUGGUGCUCGGCAACGGUGUCGUCGCUGCUCUCGUGCCCGUCGGUCCCGACGGCAGGCCACUGGACGUGCCGGAAGUAACCGCGCGCGGCAAUCAGAUUCUGGCGAGCGACGUGAGGUCCGUCGACGCUCUGGCGAUUGCUGGUCCGGCGCUCGCUUACGGCAGAUUGAUUUACUGAAGAAGGUUUUACCGACGCGCUUGAAGAAAAUACCGCUUACUUUAUAUGCGUAACUUUGUAUCGAAUAAUUGCGGAAUUUUUCAGAUGAUAAUCAUGUCAUAAGCUAUAUUUGUAGAUCUAUAUAUUAGGGAUUAUGUGUCACCUUUCUGACGAAAAAUGAAAAACUCAAUAGGACAAGAAUAGAAUAAGUUGAUCAUCUGACCAUUUCUUGCUUGCACACAAUUAUUUUCACUAUUCUGUACUACAUAUAUAAAAAUAAAUAAUGUACACAUACGUGAAGCCAAUAUAUCGUAAAGGAAUA